AUGACGAUGAAAAGAAGAAAUCACGGACGUAACAAAAAAGGUAGAGGGCAUGUAAGACCUAUUCGGUGCACAAAUUGUGGCCGAUGUGCUCCCAAAGACAAAGCUAUCAAGAAAUUUGUUGUUCGCAAUAUUGUUGAAGCAGCUGCUGUUCGUGAUAUUUCGGAUGCAUCAGCUUAUGAUUCGUACGCAUUGCCAAAAUUGUAUCACAAACUGCACUAUUGCGUUUCUUGUGCUAUACACAGCAAAGUAGUACGCAAUCGUUCACGUGAAGCGCGUAAAGACAGAAAUCCACCUCCUCGGUUUGGUCAGCGUGGUGGCAUUGGAGGAGAUCGUUUCCCACGUCCUGGUGCUCCAAAUCGUCAGUGA